UCAACUUGUUCAUAUUUCAACUUCAUUAGCCCAUUUAUAGUUUGCAAGGCUGCGAAACAAAUGAAACUGUUGCAAUUAAUUGUCUCUCUGGCAGUGAUGUGGCACUUGGCUGUCUGCUUCCGCUACCCCUCAGCAGACUGGGAGUCACUUGUGUUCAGACUGCCUGCUGACAAUACAUUCUAUGGCCGCAAAUGCAAACAGCACAGUCGUUUCUACUGCCUCGACAAAUACGAGACACAGUUCCAACCUCUCUUGCAAUUCAGUGGCACUCCAGAUCGACAGGAUCGACAACAGACGGAGGAGGAAACACUAGAGGUUGCUUCCGAAUUCGAACAACUCCUACGGGAUAAAUGGAGCAAGAUUAACAUGGUGGAUCAGUUCAGACCAUCGCACUGCUGUGAUGGACAGACGGGGAAGUAUCUGUUCCAUGGGUUCUCCAAUCUCGGCAUGACUCCCGAACAGUACAUGUUUAAGCUCACAGACUACAGCGAAGAUAACAAACCACUCAACUUUAUUUCA